AUACCCCACUUUUUCUCUUUUGGCGCCAAUUCUUCUCUCUUACUCUUCCCAAAGCCCUAGGUUUUUACUUACUUCCCCGACCCAAAUCGAUCACCACCUAGGGUUUCACAUAUUGACCACAAAACCCCCAAUUCCUCGAAGAAUCAGAAAGUAGCACUGCAAAGUUCAAGAAUGGCGGAGAGUCGCGCAAAGCGCCCCAAAAUUACAAGGGGUGAAGAUGACUAUAAGCCAGGAAGCAUAACUAAGAUUGAACUCCAUAAUUUUAUGACCUUUGGUCACAUAAUGUGCAAACCGGCCCCUCGUCUAAACCUUGUAAUUGCACCAAAUGGGGCUGGAAAAAGUUCUCUUGUAUGUGCAAUAGCACUGGGUCUUGGUGGUGAGCCUCAGCUACUUGGAAGGGCGACCAGUGUUGGAGCAUAUGUGAAGCGUGGUGAAGCGUCCGGUUAUAUUAAAAUAACCUUGAGAGGGGACACCGAAGAGGAGCAUAUUGAAAUUAUGCGUAAGAUUGAUACACGUAACAAGUCUGAAUGGUUAUACAAUGGAAGAGCGGUGCCUAAAAAGGAUGUGGUUGAAAUCACUCAAAGGUUUAAUGUUCAAGUCAACAAUUUAACUCAAUUUUUACCACAAGAUCGUGUCUGUGAGUUCGCCAAAUUAUCUCCAGUGCAACUUUUAGAAGAGACUGAAAAGGCUGUAGGAGAUCCUCAAUUGCCGAUCCAACAUCGUGCACUUAUUGAGCAAAGCAAGAAAUUGAAAAGAAUUGAGCAAGCCGUUGAAAAAAAUGGAGAAACUUUGAAUCAGUUGAAGGCACUGAAUGCUGAACAAGAGAAAGAUGUUGAGCGUGUCCGCCAAAGAGAGGAACUUCUUGCAAAGGCUGAUACCAUGAAAAAAAAAUUGCCAUGGCUGAAGUAUGAUAUGAAGAAGGCUGAAUGCAUGGAAGCUAUGGAGCAGGAAAAGGAUGCAAAGAAGAAGUUGGAGAAAGCUGCAAGAACUCUAAAUCAACUGAAAGAACCUAUUGAGAAACAAAAACAAGAGAGAGUGGUGAUGGAGUCUAAGAGUACAAAAGUAGUAAAAAACAUUAGUGAAAAUGCAAACAAACGAAUGAGACUUUUGGAAAAUGUGAACCGCUUGGGAGUGUUAAUAAAAGAAAAAUACAACGAAAUGGAAGAAUUGAAGAAGCAAGAAGAAUCUCGUCAACAAAGGAUCUCAAAAGCAAAAGAGGAUCUAGCUGCUGCUGAACUAGAACUUGAAAAUCUGACUCCUUAUGCGGCCCCUACAGAUGAAAUUGCGAGAUUGCAUGCUCAAAUUGUGGAUCUAGAAGUUUCUGCAAAGGAAAAGAGGGAUAAGAAGUCGGAGAAGGAAAAAUUUUUAAAUCAAAAGAAACUUUCCCUAAACACCUGCCUGGAUAAGUUGAAGGAGAUGGAAAAUAAAAAUGGUAAACUCUUACAAGUAUUAAAAAAUUCUGGAGCAGAUAAAAUAGUUGAUGCUUAUAAAUGGUUGCAAGAACAUCGUCAUCAGUUCAAUAAGGAGGUGUAUGGCCCUGUUUUGCUUGAGGUUAAUGUGCCAGAUCGAGUUCACGCUGACUACUUAGGUGGUCAUGUUCCUAAUUACAUGUGGAAGUCUUUCAUAACUCAAGAUUCUCGUGACCGGGACUUUUUGGUAAAAAAUCUCAAGUCCUUUGAUGUUCCAGUUUUAAAUUAUACGGGAAAUGGAACUUGUCACAGAGAACCCUUUCAAAUUUCUGAGCAGAUGAGUGCACUGGAGAUCUAUUCGCGGCUUGACCAAGUUUUUGAUGCUCCUACUGCCGUGAAGGAGGUUUUGAUUAGCCAAUUUGGCUUGGAUAGAUCAUAUAUUGGGUCCAGGACUACGGAUCAGAGGGCUGAUGAGGUUUCGAAGUUAGGGAUUUUAGAUUUUUGGACCCCUGAGAAUCACUACCGAUGGUCAGUAUCAAGAUAUGGUGGUCAUAGAUCUGCCAGUGUAGAAUCAGUCACUCGUUCUCAACUCUUUUUGUGUGGUUUGGAGACUGGGGAAGUUGAGUCAUUGAUGUCCAAAAAAAGGGAACUUGAAGAAUCUAUUACUGCUUUACAGGAUAUUGUUAGAUCACUUCAGAUUGAGGAAAGACAAGCAGAAAAUGAAGCAGCAAAAUUUCAGAAACAGAGGGAGGAGAUUAUCAGAAAUGUACAGGAUGGGAAGAGAAAACAACGUGAAAUAGAAAACCGUAUUGCACAAAGGAAAAAGAAAUUAGAAUCUAUGGAGAAGGAGGAUGACCUGGAUACUAGUAUGGCGAAGCUCAAUGAACAAUCUGCAAAAUAUAUGAUUGACAGGUUCCAUUCUGCAAUGGAAAUUAAGAGUCUACUUGCUGAGGCUGUUUCUUUCAAACAAAGUUAUGCUGAAAAGCACAUGAUGGUCAUUGAGUUUGAUGCAAAGAUUAAAGAAAUGGAGGUUAAUAUCAAACAACAUGAAAAGGUUGCUCUUCAAGCAAGCCUGCACCAUGAGGAGUGUAAGAAGGCAGAGGAGGAUUGCCGACAGCAACUUUUAGCAGCCAAGAAGAAUGCAGAAUCCAUUGCGAUGAUCACUCCAGCACUUCAGAAGGAAUUUCUUGAGAUGCCUACUACAAUUGAAGAAUUGGAAGCUGCUAUACAGGAAAAUAUUUCUCAAGCUAAUUCUAUUCUUUUUCUAAAUCAAAAUAUACUGAAAGAAUAUGAAGACCGUCAGCAGAAGAUUGAAGAAUAUUCAGCGAAACUGGAAGCUGAUAAAACAGAGCUUAGUAGGUGUAUAGCUGAAGUGGAUAAUCUGAAAGGAACUUGGCUCCCAACAUUAAGAAGCCUUGUUGCUCAGAUAAAUGAGACUUUCAGUAGGAACUUCCAAGAGAUGGCGGUUGCAGGGGAAGUUUUAUUGGAUGAGCAUGAAAUUGACUUCGACCAAUAUGGGAUACUUAUAAAAGUAAAAUUCAGGCAAGCGGGGCAGCUACAAGUUCUCAGUGCCCACCAUCAAUCCGGAGGGGAGCGUUCGGUUUCAACUAUACUUUAUCUUGUUUCUCUUCAAGACCUUACAAAUUGCCCGUUUAGGGUGGUUGAUGAGAUAAAUCAAGGGAUGGAUCCGAUAAAUGAAAGAAAUAUGUUCCAGCAGUUGGUAAGAGCAGCAUCUCAACCAAAUACACCACAGUGUUUCUUGCUUACCCCGAAGUUGCUACCAGAUCUGGUUUACAGUGACGAGUGCAGUGUUUUGAACAUAAAAACUGGCCCCUAUGCUGGUUCAUGGGCGAAUGGAGACUGGAGUGAGGGCGAUAGCUACAGAAACAUUCUUGGAAAAAGGGGACGCUGAAAUAACAAUUACCUUUCGAUGAGGAAUUUUCGUAAAGUUGCACUCACAUAAGCGUGGCUUAGUACACCCCGUGUUCAUCCCUGUGUAAAUUAGAAUGAUGGCUGUCUUGGAGGGUGACUGUUAGCUUUUGUGUACGUUUAGCUUUGUUUUUUUUUUGGCUUACAACUUAAUAGGAAGGAGAAAUGAUUCGUUUCAAAUGAUGGCUGGCUGCAGUGGCAUUGUUCUCUGGUUAAACAA